CCAGCGCCGCGGUACGGCACGCCACGCCACGCCGGGGGUGGCCACGGCACGUGCGCUGCGCGGCGGGCGCCAGUAGCCUAGCUAGCAACGCCGUCACGUAACGUCGUCUCUCUCGCGGCGGUGGCAACGACCAGGUGCGGGGGGCCGCGCGCGCGCGUGCCGUAUAAAGGUUCCCACUGCUCACACGGGCAGCCGCCUGCCUAGCUAGCCGCUGGUAGAGGAGGAGAAGCCGUAGCAGCGUGUGCAAAGAGAGAGAGAGAAUUAAGAGAGGAGAGAGACAGAGGGAGAGAGAGAGAGAGGAGUUCUCCAGGCCUUGCAAGCUCUUGCGCGCGCGUGCUCUCGACGGCGCCGCUCGCGCGUGCUCGGGGAGGAUCAACUGUUCCGGCGAUCGUUACCAGCCGACGAGAACUGCGCGUCCGGCGGCGAGGCGAUGCGACUGACCGACUGAUGUGCUAGAAUUAUGGGCAUCCAAGGGAACAAGGGGACGCACGACUUCCUCUCGCUCUACGCCCCCGCCGCCGCGGCCGCCGCCAAGGACUCCUCUCUCCAGCUCCACGACUCGAAGCCUCCCGCCGCCUCCCAAGGUUUCUUUUUGAAGACGCACGACUUCCUGCAGCCGCUGGAGAAGCCGGCGGCGUCGGCACAGUCCGGCGCGGACAGGCAGCAGCAGCAGCCGCAGACGACGAAGCACGCGCUGCCGGGCGGCAUCGGCACGUUCAGCGUCACCCAGCAGGCGCCCGGAGCCGCCGGACCACAGUCGGCCGCCGCCGCCGCGGUGGUGGUGGUGAAGCCCGAGCCGCCGCCGUUCGUGCUCUGGGGCCAGCCCACGGCGUCACAACCACCGAGAGCACAAGGGCACCACCACCAGUGGACGCUCCCCUUCGCCGGCGCCGGGCAGGCGGCCACCGCGUCCAGGAAGCACCCGGCGGAGAGGAAGCGGCGCAGCGGCGGCGGGUUCAUGGACUCUGGCUCCAGAUCCAGCGGCGGUGCCGGCUUCGACGACGACGACGGCCUCGCCGCGCGCCGCGAGGUCUCCUCCUCGCUGCAAGAAUUAGCUGUGAGGGUGGAUGCCAAGGGCGGGAGCUGCAGUGGCAGCGGCACGGAUCAGCUGCCAAACACACCAAAGUCAAAGCAUUCUGCAACUGAGCAGCGCCGCCGUAGCAAGAUCAAUGACAGGUUUCAGAUACUUAGGGAUCUUUUACCACACACUGAUCAAAAGAGAGACAAGGCAACAUUUCUCUUAGAGGUUAUUGAAUAUAUACGAUUUUUGCAAGAGAAAGCACAGAAGUACGAGGCUUCAUUUCCAGAGUGGAACCAAGAAAAUGCAAAGUUGCUCCCAUGGUCAAACAUGUAUUUUCGAUCAUCUUGGAAAAAUGCACAGAGUAAAGGGCAAAUCGCAGAAGAUGCCUCGCCUGACCCUUCACAAUUCAUCAGAAAUGGGGCCUCCCCUGGAUUCAAUAUCACAGGCAAGCUUGAUGAUAACCACACCGCGGUAGCAUCUGCAGCUAUCUCAGGGGCACCGGAUCAGGCAGAAACCGACCACAUGGCUAGUGUGUCCUGUAGAUCGGCGGACACUCCAACAAAUAUUAUGAAUAAUGUUUCGCCACAGUCUCAACCACAAUGGGCAAAUCCAUCUGGUGUGGAUGAUUGCGCGGUGAACAGUGACGUGUUAAAUAACCAACAAUUGAUGAUUGAUGAAGGAACAAUCAGCGUGUCAAGCCAAUAUUCCCAAGAGCUACUUAAUACGUUGACUCAUGCUCUUCAAAGCUCGGGUAUAGAUUUGUCCCAAGCCAACAUAUCUGUCCAGAUCAACCUGGGCAAGCGGGCUGUCAAAAGACCUACUGCUGGACAAUCCUCCAGUUUUAAGGAGCACAUCGAUCUAGCCCCGACGAACGAAAUGAUGGGCCAUCAGCAGACGAUGCUGGGCAACGCCGCCGAAGAGCUACCGCACGCAGCGAAGCGGUACAAGCCGGGCAACACCUGACGGCGGCGACCCUCGCCACAUUCUCCACCCAAGACAGGAUUGAUCAUUCUUUCCUCCGCGGCAUUGCCAGCGGAGACCCUGAGAUUGCAUGUACAUUAUGUUGCUUCUGUGACGGCACCGGGACGAGCUGAGACUUUGGUGCAUUCUUUCAUUUAAUCUUCGCGUCGCCGCCUUUUAUUUAUUGUCGAAGUAAAAGCAAAACAAAACAAAGAAGCUUCCAUUGCAGAUUGUGAAGCUGCUCUUGUAGUACUAGUAUAUACAGGCUUCCAUUCGUAUGCGAAGUUUCUCCCCCGUGUAACCUGUAAGAUAACUCGACCAACCCUGUCUUUUACUGUAGUUAAGUCGCACCCUGGAGUAUGUCUCAUGUCUGUUCUGCUAUUAUCUUAUCUCA